AUGGAUCUCGCAAAGUUACAGAAGAUGCAGCAGAGUGUGCGAAUUGGCUACAACUUGGAGGGGCAAGGAGAACAUAUUGUUUAUUUUCUGGCAAACCUCAGUGGAUUGAAAACCAUCGACAACGUGAAGAAGGUCCACAAGUCCUCUGGAACCGAUGACAAGAAGCUCCAGACUGCUUUGAAGAAGAUGAACGUUCAGCCAAUUCAAGCGAUUGAGGAGGUCAACAUGUUCAAGGAGGAUGGCAACGUCAUCCACUUCGCUGCUCCCAAAGUCCACGCCUCUGUUCCCAGCAACACCUUUGCCAUUUACGGCAACGGUGAGGAGAAGGAACUCACUGAAUUGGUUCCUGGUAUCCUGAACCAGCUUGGCCCUGACUCUCUUGCCUCCCUUCGCAAACUUGCCGAAAGCUACCAGAGCAUGCAAAAGAAGGAGGAGGGUAAGAAGGAUGACGAGGAUGAUGACGAUAUCCCAGACUUAGUUGAGGGCGAGAACUUUGACAGCAAAGUCGAAUAA